AUGUCGUCGGGCAAGAAAGACAACACCGGGAUCGCCGGCGCGGCCAACUUUAUUGCGUCCUUCUCGCCGGUUAAGGACGUUUAUAAGUCGGUGUCCACCAGUUCCAACUACUCGUCGUCGUCGUCGCUGGUGUCGACGGCCAGCUCGGCCCGGCCCCAGUCCCAGCAGUCCCAGCAAUCGUCCCAAAAUCAGGGCCCAACGACGCAGCAGCAGGUGCAGGCUCAGCCAGGGAAGGUUGACGCUUCGGGAGCUCCCGUGCAGCGAUCGGCUUCGUUCAACGCGACCUGCACGGUUCCGCUCAGUAUUAGCAAGACCACGCAGGUCAAGAACUCUGCGUCCUUCAGCAACUGCUCGCUGCUGACAAAGGUGGCGAAAAAGUCCGGGUUGACGGCGUCCCUGACCGCCAAUUCCCUGCUCAAGUUUUCCUCCUCCAGUUCGGCCAACAGCUUGCUGGCGCUGAAGCAGCAACAACAAGCCAACGGGAUCACCAUCUCGAGCAACAUCACCGAAGCGCUGGCCAUGGCUGGGCAAAAUCCGAGCGCCUGCCUGCGAAACUCGCCCUCGGCGUCCUCCUCGACGUCGUUGGCCUCUUCGACGACCUCCACGAUCACGGCCGCCGCCGCCGCAGCCGCUGCUGCAUCAUCAGCUGCCUCCACCCCAAACUCCCCGGCCGCCACCGGAACCGGACCCGUGGCCGCGCUGUCGCUGGCCCAGUUCAGCAAGAACAACAUCGUUGACUAUUACGUUUAA